GCUACCUUCAUUAAACUUAAAAAUGUUUUAAAGGAGUUAAUUGAAAUCUAAAUAUAAUUGUGUAUGGAGAUCAAAAAUUAUUUUUAUGUUUAAAUCUUCAACCUAAUCGCAAAAAUUUUUAUUUUAGGCCACAUAAUAGCAUUAAUGUACUUUCUAGUUGGCUAUGUUGAGCUAAAUUACUUUGGAGAACCUUCAUCAUGGUUUAAUGCAGAUUAAAUGAAAGACAGCAACUUUUGGUGGAAAACUUACCUUACAGCUUUAUACUGGUCUUUAACUCUUAUGGCUACUGGAUCAAACAUAGCAACAACUACUUUCUAAACAUUUUUUGCUUCAUUCAUUAUGCUUUUUACAACUAUUUUCUUUGGUUAUUUUGUGAGCAUGAUUGGAAUUAUUUUAGAGGAAAGAGAUGAGUAAGAACUUGCAUAAAGGAGAGAUAUAAAUAUAAUUAAUGAAUUUAUGAGGAAGCGUAACAUAAGCAAAAACUUGUAACGAAGAGUUAAUUUAGAUCUUGAAUACUUUUAUCUGAAGAAUUUUAAAAAAAAUUAAGAACAGAACCAAGAUGUUUUAGGAAGAAUUUCAUAAAAUUUAAAUGACCAACUAUAAGUUGAAUAUUUUAAAGAAAUUCUAAAAAAAUACUGCUUUUUAUCAAAUAAUUUUAGUGAAGAAUCCAUCGAAAAGCUAUGUUUAUUAAUGACUGAAGAGAAUUAUAUUCCAAAUCAAAUUAUUUUCUAAGAAAAUGACUCAGAGAAUUUAGGAAUCUUAAUUAUUUUAGAAGGACAAAUUGAAAUGACUAAACAAGUUUCCUAAACCUAAAAUGUAACUAAAACUCUUUCAGUACUAGGAAAGGGUUAAAUUUCAGGGCAUAUGAGUUUUUUUACAGGGUAAUAUAGAACAGCUACAGCUAGAUCAAAAUCAUUUACGACCAUAAUUAGAAUUUCUAGAGAGUCUUUUAUCAAUAUAAUUAAAUAAAAUGAUAAUGAUUUUUAAAAGUUUAAUUAUAUCAAAGAUAAAAUAUAACUCUACAAUAAUUAUGAAGAUAUUCUAAUUUAAUGUAGUUUAUGUAAAAAAUUUACUCAUUAUACUAGCGAUUGCCCUAUGGUGCAUUAUAAUAAGCAAUCAUAUCAAAAUAAAUUAAAUUAUUUUGAAAAAAUUUAACAAAAAAGAUAGUAUAUGUAAAGAAAGAGUUAAUACUAUCACUCAAUGACUUUGGUACAAAAAUUGAAGGAAUACUAUGAAUAAUUUGAAUAUUUAUAGCAUAGUAAAACUAAUAAAAAUCAAGAUAAAAACUCUGAUACUAAUUCAUCAGAUGCUUCAGAAAAAUCUAUAGAUUAGUAAAUAGAAUAAAAUAAUAAAUUUGAAGAACUGGCUCAUUUAGAAAAUUAAUUUACAUAAGCAGUAGAUUAAAAAAAGUAAUCAAGUUAGUCAAGGAUUCAUAUAGAUAUUGAUGGUUCUCAAAAAAAUAUAUAAGUUGAUUGCCAAGAUUAAGCUAAGACUAUUUCUAAACAAAAAUCAAAUUCAUAUUUUGAAGCUAGUUCUAUUAGAAAUAUAAAGAACUUUGGUGCAGAUGAAUAUGCAAAGAGACCAACUUAAACAUAAUUCAUUCUUAAAUAAAGAAAAGUUUAGGAUAGCUUAUAAUUAGAGGUUUAAUGUGUUUAAAGCUCUUUUAUGUAUGAAAAUCCUUGGAUAUAUGACAAGUAAAAAGAUUUUUCAAUAUAUUUCCCAGAUGGAAACUUAAAGCUAUCACUAUGUAAAUACAACAGAUUGACAAAAAGAAAUAAAAGAUAAAAUUCUAGAAAAAUAAAACUUAACAUAAAAAAAUCUUGUAUAUCAUGAAUGAUAAAUAUUGUAUUAGUUUGGAGUAAAUAUUUUAGUAUGUUUAAUGAUUUUUAAUAAAUUCUAU